GGGGUGGUGGAGCCUGGCUCCGAGGCGUCGCGAAAGGAAGCAGGGGGAGCAGUGGCAGAUGCGCCACCGUUGCAGGCCACGCCACGCGAGUUCAGGCAAGGCGGGUGGGGUGGCGGAGGAGGAAUCGACUGGGGCAUUCUUUUUCCCUUCUUCGGGGUGAAGGGAGGGAGGAAGGGAGACCUGGUUGUGUGUGUGUUUGUGCGCGUUGUGGUGCCAACUAGGGUGCGGCGGGAGCAGCUGGGACUCCGGGUCUUACUACCUGUGUACCAGCUUUUCAUUCACACACUGCCGUCUCUCUCGUGUGUCACGCUUGCGCUGGACACUCCCACCUGGAUCUCUCUCAACACACCACCCCCCCCUACUCUUCCUCCUCUCUCUCUUUCCCUCAGAUCACCGAUCUCGCUACUCCUCUGGACUGUUGCUGUUUAGUCUAGCUUAGUCGAUGGCGAUGGAGCGUGCUCUGAUGCGCUUGGUGCGCGCCCAGGCGUUGCGUGCCUCCUCGUCCAUUGGGGUUCUUCAGCGGGGACCGGUUGGAAGUGCAUCGCCUUUGCAACAGGUGCGGGAGUACGUGGUGUCGUCGUCUCCUUCAGAUGGUGUCUCUCGUACGGAUUUGAGUGAGUCGUUCAUCAGUGUAAGGCAACCCGUUUGGCAACAAUGGAUAAGACGUUACGCAGCAGGGUCAGGAGAACCCGGAGUAGUUGUAGUCCCAUUCAUGGGGGAAUCUAUCGAAGAUGGCUCUCUUGCAGCAAUUUUGAAGCAACCUGGCGAUGCCGUUGCUGUGGAUGAGAUCAUUGCCCAGAUUGAAACUGACAAGGUUACGAUUGAUGUGCGUAGUGACGUCGCUGGAAAGAUUGAAGAGAUUCUAUGCAAAGAGGGAGAUACAGUGAAAGCCGGAACGCAACUCGCACGAGUAGCCGUUGGAGAGGCUGGAGCUACGUCGGAUGCUCCCAAGAAAGAAGCCGCUCCUGCCCCCCCUGUGAAAGAAGAAGAAAAAUCUGCUCCUCCACUUCCUCCAAAAACUGCGACCGCUUCAAGCGCUUCACCCAACAAGGACGCUCCAUCUCCACCCAAACAGUCUUCCCCGGAGCCAGCCCAACCUAAAUCUAUCAGUGGAACGGAAGUACACAUGCCAACAAAAGGAGGAGAGCGACGGGUACCAAUGACCCGACUACGAAAGAGAGUGGCCACACGGUUGAAAGAUUCUCAGAACACUUUUGCAUUGUUGACCACCUUCAACGAGAUUGACAUGUCUAAUCUGAUGCAGAUGCGCACUCAGCAUAAGGAUUUGUUUCAAGAGAAGCACGGUGUGAAAUUGGGAUUUAUGUCUGGAUUUGUUAAGGCAGCCGUGAGUGCACUCAAGCAAUUUCCUGCUGUCAAUGCUGUAAUUGAUGGAGAUGACAUCAUCUACCGAGAUUACGUUGACAUCAGCAUUGCUGUUGGUACAGCCAAAGGACUUGUUGUUCCAGUGAUCCGUGGAGCAGAUCAUUUGAACUUCGCUCAAAUUGAGAAGACCAUCAAUACCCUAGGCAAGAAAGCAAAUGAUGGGAGCAUUUCAAUAGAUGAUAUGGCUGGCGGUACUUUCACUAUAUCCAACGGUGGCGUCUAUGGGAGUCUCAUCAGCACUCCCAUUAUUAACCCACCACAGUCGGCAAUUCUGGGAAUGCACUCGAUCCAAAAGCGCCCUGUGGUAGCAGGAAACGACAUUGUUGUCAAGCCCAUGAUGUAUGUGGCCCUCACCUACGACCACCGGCUAAUUGAUGGAAGAGAAGCUGUUCUGUUCUUACGUGCAGUUAAAGACAACGUCGAAGAUCCACGCCGGCUUCUGUUGGACAUAUAGUUCAACCCCCACGUUAUAGCACCUGUUCUGCUUUUAUAGAGCGAGUUUUUCUAAUGUAGUUGGAAACCUGCUGAAGCUGCCUUGCUAGCUGCAUUCGCAAGUAUCAAGGGUUGCUGCAAGUGUCCAAUUUGCGAUGAUAUGACUCCUUGAAUAUUGAUUCCUUCAUCUUUAAAAUUUCGAGGAUCCAAGACGAAGGAUUCUCGAAGUCGGAGACAUAGCUAGUAGCGAGCUAUGAGCAGGCAAGAGCUUUUUCCUAUUUGUACCUUCACAUGCAGUAGAAAUUGUGAAAUAAAUGUGUCCUUCGGCUGAGCAGAAGGCCCAAGUGAAACUUUCGAAGUGACAUUAUUAAUUUCAACCGUCAA